GGACAUACCUAAUAGUCUACCAUUUAUGGUCAGUCACAUCUCUAGCGCGAGCAAGCCAACGCGUCUCAAUGUUUGGAUCUUGUAAUUAAAUUAAUAUCCUAAGUAAUACAGUUCAUUCAAUUGUUUGUGUGGGGUUUUAUUGAAAUUACCAGCGCUCCCUACAUAAUGGUCCUUCGUCGUCGUUGCAAGGUCCAAGGUUGAGCAGCUUUUCCGCGUCGCGAGUGUGGCUCACAAAAAUUUUCAUCCGCCAUUAAAAUUCUCUACGUGAGAAAUGUGUCUUUAUUGACAAAAUCGUGGACUGUUAAGUCGCGUUUAAGUAAUUUUUAUUACAAAAAAGUGCAGUGGUUGCCCGAUGAUGCUAUAAUCGUCUUAAUAAACUCUGUCACGUCGUCGCUGUUAAGUGAUAUUUUAAAUUUUAAAUCUCUACGUGAGAAAACAAGCGUGAACUGUUAAGUUGCGUUUGCCAAUUAGUGCAAUGAACGUUGCUGUUAAGUGACUUUAAAGUUCAUAAAAGUGCAUUUAAUUAAUAAUUCAAAACAAUUUAUUUGUUUAUCUUCCAUUUUUCAUGGUUGUGGUGCGAUGCUAUAAUCGCACGAACGGAGAACUUUGUCGUGAACUUUGUGUACAAACCAACUUUUCAUGCAAAGGAUGCUGCUAUAAGUGUCAAUUUAAUCUUCGUGUAAUAUUUAAUUUCGUCUUCGUGUUGAAGACUAAAAAGUGCGGAUUGAAAACAUUUAAAUAAAUAAUUAAAUUCUCGAGCUUCGAGUUGUCGCCGAGAGUGUGAACGCGCCUGAACGCAUCGUGGUGCACCAUAGACACAUUAUUGACAUCGACGCCCGCGCUCACCGCGCAUUUCCGCGUGUGCGCGUCGCACCCCGCAGAUGUUGGAGGGGGACUGGGGGACGAACGCGAAAGCAGCCAACGCCCAGUUGACGCCAUCUUGUCAUUCUUGUUAUCAUCACUGAUAGCGUGAAAUUCGUUCACAACGCAUAUUUUUAUUUUUCAAUUUAAAGCUGUUUUACAGUGUUGUUUUACAUAAAUAUUUUUAAUUUAACUCACAACUAUGGAGUUAAACAAAUUGAUCGCCGCCCGAGGCGUUGCUAAAGCAACAAUUACGAGGCUUUUUAAUCUCUGCCAAGAUGGGAUAGCACUGGAAAAAUUGAAACCCAUUUUAGACCAGAGUAGCGCAGAGGACAUCGCCAAGUACGAAGAGCUGUACUUGUCAACGCUGGCUAUAUUUGAAGAGGCCUUACUACUUCAGGCUUCAGGUAAAUGCAUGAGCAUGGUCUCCGGCGCUGCAUGCGAGGAUGGAAUUACUGGAAUGCACCGAUUACCACCCAUCAACAUAAAUAAAUUUAGCGGAGAGGUAUGUAAUUACCAAAACUUUAUAAGCCUUUUUAAAAGCAUUAUUGAUUCAAAUGCAAAACUGUCCCCAUGCGACAAACUAUAUUAUUUAAAGUCCUUCUUGGAAGGUGAAGCUGCGAGUUUGAUUAUGCAUCUUAGCCUCAAAGCUGAAAAUUAUACAGUUGCACUGCAACUUCUAGAAGACAGAUUUGACAACAAAAAUAAAAUCAUCAACACUCACAUUAACUCACUGCUAGACAUGCAAGUUAUGACCAGGUGUACGGCUUCUGCAUUAAGGGAAAUUGUUUCUAAAACAAGACAACAUCUGGGAGCUUUACAAAACAUGGACGUGCCUACUAACCAUUGGGAUUUGAUAAUAAUAUGCAUUUUGCAACGCAAAAUUGACCCAUACAGCCUGAGAUGCUUUCAUCUGGAGUUAAAAGAAGAAUUGCCUGAUUUAAAAUCCUUUCUUAAAUUUUUAGAACAACGAGCAGCAGCACUUGAAACUGUGGCAAACAGCAGCCAAGGUCAUGGGAGUGGUGCAGUGAACAGCAGCCGCGGAGCGAGCCUGGUAGCCAUCACAAACACACAACGAACACCACCUAGUAACUGCAGGUUCUGUAAUGCAAGGUACCACAAACUACAUAUGUGUGAAAGGUUCAAACUGGCCUCGCUAUCUGACCGUGUACAAUUUGUAACAACAAAUAAGCUGUGUCAACUUUGUUUAAACAAGCAUCCUAACAAGUGCAAAUUCAUUUUUAAAUGCUCAUUUUGUAAGGAAAAACACAACAGUUUACUACAUCAGGAUAAUCCAGAGAAAGUUAUCAAACAGGUAGCACUUUCCAUAAAUAAAUGUGAUGAUGUUUUGUUGCCAACUAUUAAAGUCAAAUUAAUUGAUAAAAAUGGCCACGAAUUUUAUGUAAAGGCGCUUUGUGACUCUGGUAGUCAACUUUCAUUUGUAUUAUCUGACUUGACAGAUAAAAUUAACUGCAAUUUAACUGAUGAGCAUAUGUCCAUCAGUGGGAUUUGUGAUGAUAAAAAUAAAAUAAACCAAAAGGCGUCAUUUCAAAUUUAUUCAAUUAAUAAUAAUAGCAAGUUGGAUAUAUCUUGUUGUGUCGUGCCAAAAAUAACCUGUGACUUACCACAGUUUAAAAUUGAUGCAAACAGCAUUAAUAUGCCCUCUCAUAUUAAAUUAGCAGACCCAGACUUUUAUAAGUGUGACAAAAUAAGCCUACUGUUAGGUUGUGAUUUGUUCUUUCAAAUCUUAUUGCGUGACAAGCUUCCGCUUACUGCUGGAUUGUGUUUGCAUAAUACACUCUUCGGCUAUGUUGUGGCUGGCAAGGUGUCGGAGAGCAGUGCUUCUUCUUUGUGCAGCAAUACAGUAAGUAUAAAUAAUGAUGAACAGGUAAUUCAAUCUAAAAAUGAAAAUGACAGUUUAGACAGUUUAGAAAUAAAUAUGCAGAAUUUUUGGAAAUGUGAACAAGUCUCUGAGAUCUACAAGGAAGCUGCUUCAGACCAAGAAUUAGCUGAAUCGAUUUUCACCGAGUCUAUGGUGCUAGAGGAUGGUAGAUUUCAGGUGGACUUGCCAUUGAAGCAAAAUUUAGAUCAAUUGAAGCUAGGAGAUUCACUUUCUCGUGCUAUUCAGCGUUUUCAUAACCUUGAAAAAAGAUUUGCUAAGGAUCCUGUUCUCUUUCAAAAGUACAAGGCUUUCAUUGAAGAAUAUUUGUCUUUAGGUCAUGCAGAAUAUGUCGACAUUGAAAUAUAUGAUUUAGAGAGUGGUCAAAUUUAUUUCUUACCCCAUCACCCCGUUAUGAAUGAAAAUAGUAGUACAACUAAGCUAAGGGUUGUUUUUGAUGGUUCGAUGUUCACCAAUUUGGGGAUUUCAUUAAAUGAUGUUUUAUUGAACGGUCCAUGCGUUCAAAAUGAGUUGUUUAACAUUCUAAUUUUGUUUAGAUUGCACAAGUAUGUUUUUGUCACAGACAUACAAAAAAUGUUUAGACAAGUGAAGCUUAACAAAGCUCACUGUCAAUUACAAAAUAUUUUAUGGAGGGAUUCGCCUCAAGAAGGCUUGAAAUGUAUACAAUUACAAACCGUAACCUACGGCUUGAAAAGCUCCACAUUUUUGGCAACAAGGUGUUUGGUAGAAUUGGCUCACAGAUAUAAGGAUUUGUAUCCAUUAGGGGCAUCUAUCUUAAUAAACAAUACAUACAUUGAUGAUGCCAAUGUAGGUAGCAAUGACAUUGAUUCAUUAAUUGAGAUGAAAAAACAAUUGAUAGAAUUGUUGAAACUUGGAGGGUUUACACUUCACAAGUGGAGUUCAAAUGACAAAAAAGUAUUAAAUGACAUUCCUUCAGAAUCAAAACAAUUUACUGAGAUUGAUUUGUGUAAAGAUGAAAACCAGUGUGUCAAAACAUUAGGGGUUUCUUAUAAUAUUCAUUCUGAUACACUUAAACUCACAAGCCCUCAGCAAGUAUUAUUGGAAACUUAUACAAAGCGCCAAGCAUUAAGUUUCAUUAGUAAAAUGUUUGAUCCUUUGGGUCUUGUAGGCCCAAUCAUUGUGCUUGCAAAGAUUAUUAUGCAGUUAACUUGGUUAGCUAAAGUUUCAUGGGAUUCUCCUCUCCCUUCUGAAUUAAAUAAAAUGUUUAUAAAGUUUGCUCAAAACUUAAAUGAUAUGAAGCCAAUAAUAAUUAAAAGAAAUACUGACACAAGCAAUGCACAAGUCAUUGAGUUAGUAGGGUUUUCAGACGCCUCAAACAAGGCCUAUGGGUGUUGUGUGUAUUUAAGAGUGAUUGACAAGGAAGGGAACGUUAAAGUCAAUUUAUUGUGCUCAAAAUCAAGGAUAAAUCCUAUUAAACCUUUAAGCACACCUCGCCUCGAACUUAACAGUGCGUUAUUACUAGCCAAAUUAGUGAAAAAGAUUUAUGAUCAAAUGAUCAAUGCAGGCUUCAAACUCAAAGUACAUUUAUAUGUGGAUUCUCAAAUAGUUCUCUCUUGGUUGAAUACAGCCCCUGCUAAGCUAGGUGUGUAUGUAGCUAAUAGGGUGAAGGCAAUCUGCGAGCUGACAGAAACUUUUUCAUGGUCAUAUGUCAACACAAUGGAAAAUCCUGCCGACUGCUUGUCCCGGGGAGUGGAUGCCCACUUACUGGUGAAUGUUGACCUGUGGUGGCAUGGGCCACAGUUCUUACAGAACGCAGAUUGGGCUCACAGCUCUGAGAACACUACAAUACUUACUGAUAUCCCUGAAAUGAAGGUCUGCAAUGUAGUUACUACUCCUAGUAAUGAAACUUUCAAAUUUUUGUCUAAGUAUUCAGACAUAAACAAAAUGAAACGAGUUCUCGCGUUCAUAUAUAGAUUUAUUAACAAUUGUAAAGUAAAAAAAGAGAAAAGGGAAUCUGGAUAUUUGACAUGCAAGGAAUUGAACUUUGCCUUAAAUAUGAUAAUUAAACAUGAUCAAAAUGAGCACUUUGCUGAUGAAAUUAGAGAUUUGUUGUCUAAUAAACCCAUAAAGUCCAACUUAAAAUCGUUGAAUCCUUUCAUAGAUGGAAUGGGAAUUCUUCGCGUUGGGGGUAGGUUGCAGAAUGCUGCCAUUCCAUAUCAGCAAAGGCACCCAGCUAUUUUGCCAAAAAAGUCUGUGAUAACACAUUUGAUAAUUCACAAUGAGCACAGAUGUUUAUUGCACGCUAGUCAGAAGUUAUUACUUGCUAGUUUACACCAAAGGUACUAUUUAAUAAACGGUAUUAGGGAAAUUAAGCAUGUUAUUUACAAGUGUGUGACUUGCUUCAAGCUUAAAGCAAAGGCAUCUCAUCAAUUGAUGGGCUCUCUUCCCUCAGAUAGGGUGAACCCCAGUAGGCCAUUUGAAAAAGUAGGGAUUGAUUUUGGAGGUCCAUUUUCCAUUAAAUUGCACAGAGUUAGAAAACCUCUAAUACUGAAGGCAUACAUAGUACUAUUUGUUUGUUUUAUAACAAAGGCCAUACAUAUUGAACUGGUGUCAAACAUGACAACAGAAUGUUUUUUGCAAUGUUUAAAAAGAUUUAUUUCACGCCGAAACAAACCCUCUGUAAUCUAUUGUGACAAUGGUUCAACCUUCAAAGGUGCAAAGAACCAACUUAAGGAGCUUCACUCAUUACACUCUAAUAAAAAACAUCAAGAUCAAGUAGGUCAUUAUGCCUCUAAUCUAGGCAUUCAGUUCAGCUUUAUACCCAGCUACUCACCUGUAUUCGGAGGGCUAUGGGAAGCAGGAAUAAAAAGUGCAAAAUACCAUUUGAAGAGGGUUGUAGGUCAGCAAAUUUUAACAUAUGAAGAAUUAAACUCAGUUAUAAUUCAAAUAGAGGGCAUUUUAAAUUCUAGGCCAAUACUGUCUUUACCAUUAGUGGAUUCUAAUGACAUGUCCUACUUAACUCCAGCACACUUUUUGACUGGAACCAGUUUGACAUCUUAUCCUGAACCUGAUCUUACAGAUGUUCCCAUCAGUCGCUUGUCAUUUUGGAGACAGUGUACACAAAUGAUUCAAAGUUUUUGGAAGACUUGGUCAAAGCAAUAUUUGACACAGCUUCAGAGCAGGCCAAAGUGGCACCAUAAUGUUCCUAAUAUCAAAAAAGAUAGCUUGGUCAUUUUAAAGAUGGAUAAUACAUCACCGUUGGUCUGGCCAAUGGCACGAGUUGAACAGGUGUUUCCAGGGUCAGAUAGCAAGGUCAGGGCUUUAACAGUCAGAACCAGUAAGGGUACUGUCAUACGAACUAGUGUGACAAAAGUUUGUGUCCUACCUAUAAAUUAAUAGGUUUGUGGUGGUUGCCAUGCUGGAUUUGUGGUGCUGGUCAUACUCCCAGGUGUAUGUACAAGGCUAUGCCUUCCUAUUUGUGCUACAUACAUAAUUGUUACUUUUAAUUUUUGUACCUUCUGUUUUAUUGUGCAACAAGUAUUAUUAUUAAGCAUAAAUUAAUAUUUAGUUACUGAUUGUAAUUGCAGAACAUUUAUUGUUAACUAAUUCUUUAAAUGGCUUAGUAAUCUUGUUGUAUUUGAAUACAUUUUUUGUGUUCCUGCUGCAGCCAGUGGUUAUAUACUGAUCCCAAGAGAAUUUCUCGUAGGGCUGGUCUGCACAGCGAUAUACGGUUUAAAAACCUGUUAUGUUUAUAUAAAGUAGGUAAUAAAUAAUACCUAAUAUGUGGUACCUAUGGUGUUUCUUAUUCAGUGGUUACUAAAUACUGUUUUCUCAAUUUGCUUUUUAAUAGCAUUUAUUAUUUUCUAAGCUAAAUAAGGAUAUAUGUGCUUAAUUUGUAUUCCUUAAAUUUUGUUUUUAAUUACUUAAAUCACAAGAUGUGAAUUUAAUUUUUAUUUCUCACUAAAAUUAGUGAUUAGGUGUUUUAUGUUAUACUUACCAUUCAUGUAAAUAUCACAGGAGAAAAGUUAUAAUUGUUCUUUUAAGUUCAUUCUAAUGUGAGAUUAUUCUUAUAAUGUAAUGACUAGAUAACUUAAGUACUUACUUACCUAUAUAAAGUUUUAAAUACUUACUGCCAAUCUUGGUACCUAUAAUGUUGUUGUGCAUAGCAUAUAAGAUAAGUAUGGGUUUAAUACAAAAUUUGUAAGUUUAUAUACCUGUGUAUAACUUCAUGGUUUCAAGUUGAUAAUAUGAAAAACAAAAUAAGGUUUGUAAUUAAGAUUUAAUUAAUUCAAGGUUUUAAAAAAAGAAAAUAAGAACUAUGGUUGUAUAACUUAUAAUUCAUUUAAAUAAUUUGUUUUGUAUAACAGUAAAUUUGACUUUUUUGCUGUCCCCAAUUUAUGUAUGGGACAUACCUAAUAGUCUACCAUUUAUGGUCAGUCACAUCUCUAGCGCGAGCAAGCCAACGCGUCUCAAUGUUUGGAUCUUGUAAUUAAAUUAAUAUCCUAAGUAAUACAGUUCAUUCAAUUGUU